AUGGUGUUCCAGACUCCUAUUCGACAGGCGUAUCCCUCCUACAAGAGCCCCUACGGACCUAAGUACCACUACCAACCGAACGUUGCAGGAUGGACGUUUAAGCAGAUCGGCAGCCUCGGGUUCAAGGCCGGCGCUUUUGGUGGCGUAGCCCUCUUUGCCGUCAUCUUCUACGCCUCCGGCAUCCCUAAAGUAAAGAAGGACAUCCUACAAAAAAUCCCCUUCAUCGGUAGCCACUACAUCAAUGAGGUUCCCGCAUCAGACAACCCCUUCUAA